AUGCGGAAUAUCUUCAAAAGGAACCAGGAGCCCAUCGUGGCUCCUGCCGCCACCACAGCCACCAUGCCAGUAGUUCCAGCGGGGCCUCCAGACAACUCCACAGAGAGUGGCGGUGCAGGGCCAACUGGAGAAGACAUGUUCACCCAGCUGAAGGAUAAAUUCUUCAACGAGAUCCAGAAGAUCCCCUUACCUCCCUGGGCACUGAUUGCCAUCGCUGUGGUUGCUGGCCUCCUUCUCCUCACCUGCUGCUUCUGCAUCUGCAAAAAGUGCUGUUGUAAGAAGAAAAAGAACAAGAAAGAGAAGGGUAAAGGCAUGAAGAAUGCGAUGAACAUGAAGGACAUGAAAGGAGGUCAGGACGAUGAUGAUGCAGAGACGGGCCUGACAGAGGGAGAAGGUGAAGGAGAGGAAGAGAAAGAACCAGAAAACUUGGGCAAACUGCAGUUUUCAUUGGACUAUGAUUUCCAGGCCAACCAGCUGACCGUGGGCGUCCUUCAGGCAGCCGAGCUCCCUGCUCUGGACAUGGGAGGCACCUCAGACCCCUAUGUCAAAGUCUUCCUUCUCCCAGACAAGAAGAAGAAAUAUGAGACCAAGGUCCAUAGGAAGACACUGAAUCCUGCUUUCAAUGAGACCUUUACCUUCAAGGUGCCCUACCAGGAGCUAGGGGGCAAGACACUGGUGAUGGCCAUCUACGACUUUGACCGCUUCUCCAAACACGACAUCAUCGGAGAGGUGAAGGUGCCCAUGAACACUGUGGACUUGGGCCAGCCCAUUGAGGAGUGGAGAGAUCUGCAGGGUGGAGAGAAGGAAGAGCCAGAAAAGCUUGGAGACAUCUGCACUUCCCUCCGCUACGUGCCUACUGCUGGGAAAUUGACUGUCUGUAUUCUGGAAGCCAAGAACCUGAAGAAGAUGGAUGUAGGAGGCCUUUCAGAUCCCUACGUGAAGAUUCACUUGAUGCAGAAUGGUAAGAGGCUGAAGAAGAAGAAGACCACAGUGAAGAAGAAGACCUUGAACCCCUACUUCAAUGAGUCCUUCAGCUUUGAGAUACCCUUCGAGCAGAUCCAGAAAGUCCAGGUCGUGGUCACAGUGCUGGACUAUGACAAACUGGGUAAGAACGAAGCCAUCGGCAAGAUCUUCGUAGGCUGCAACGCCACAGGCACGGAGCUCCGGCACUGGUCUGACAUGUUGGCCAAUCCCCGGAGGCCCAUUGCCCAGUGGCAUUCUCUCAAACCCGAGGAGGAGGUGGAUGCCCUCCUGGGCAAGAACAAAUAG